AUGAAGUUCGGGAAAGAGUUUUCGUCUCAGAUGGUGCCAGAGUGGCAACAAGCUUACAUGGAUUACGAUUCUCUCAAAAACCAUCUCAAAGAAAUCAUCCGAUUCAACCUCAGAACCAGCAAUGCACCUACUCGUGGCGGCGCCAAGAAUCAUCACGACGGAGGAUUAAACCGGAAGAUGACUCUCUACCGUGCGUUUAGCGGUUUGGUCUCAACGCCGGGAAGGCAGAGACGCGGUAGUCCUCACGACGCCGAAGAAGGGGUACAAUUAGCGGCGACGACUUGGCGAGGACCGAUCCUGGUGAACACCACUGCGGAUGGCGGUAUCGAUACGACGUUUAUGAUGGCGGCGGAGGAAGGAGGAGAGUACGAGCUGGUGUUUUUCCGGCGACUAGACGAAGAAUUCAACAAGGUCGGAAAGUUCUACAGAGAGAAAGUCGAGGAAGUGAUGAAAGAAGCGGCGGUGCUUAACAAACAGAUGGACGCUUUGAUUGCGUUUCGUUUCAAAGUUGAGAAUCCAGAGGGGUGGGGAUUGGAGGAACGGACGGUUGAGAUCACUCGAUUGGCUUCUGAUAUAGCUACCUCCGCCGCUGCUAUCUCCGCUUCUACUCCCGCCGGAGCUAAAUCCAGAUCGAGCAGAGCUGAUGGCGAAGAAGAAGAUGAAGAUGAGGGAGCUGAGGGAUCGGUCGAUGACGUGUAUACGAGCAGGAUGGGAGGAGCGAGGCCAGCUCCGGUCGAUGUUCUGGAUCGAGUCAGGAUCAACAACACGAACGAGACGCCUCGUUCCACCCUUAAAGGAUUUCUCAAGCAGACUGAGUUAAAAUUCAGCAGACAUAACUUGAUGAAAGUGGAGGAGAGGCUCAGGCGCGCUUUCGUCGAGUUUUAUCAGAAGCUUCGGCUUCUCAAGAGCUACAGUUUUUUGAAUGUAUUGGCGUUCUCGAAGAUAUUGAAGAAGUAUGAUAAGAUAACUUCGAGGGAAGCAACGAAGCCUUACAUGAAAGUGGUUGAUAAAUCUUUUCUGGGAAGCUCUGAUGAGGUUAUAAGACUAAUGGAGCGCGUUGAAGCUGCAUUCAUAAAGCAUUUUACAAAUGCCAAUCGAGCUAAAGGAAUGAACACUUUACGGCCUCAAGUGAAACUAGAGAGACAUAGAACUACCUUCUCCACAGGUUUCUCGGCUGGAUGCGUUUUCUCUCUUAUAGUGGCUCUUGUGGCGAUUAUACGCACCCGGAAUCUCAUGCAGAAUAAAGGCCAGAGCCAAUACAUGAAUACUAUGUUCCCGCUUUAUAGCUUGUUCGGGUUUAUCGUGCUGCAUGUUAUAAUGUAUGCUGCUAAUAUAUACUACUGGAGGCGAUACGGAGUAAACUAUUCAUUCAUAUUUGGGUUCAAGCAAGGAACUGAACUUGGAUACAGACAAGUCCUGUUUGUGGGUUUCAGCAUCGGAGUCUUUGCAUUGCUUUGUGUUCUUGCCAAUCUUGACAUGGAGGCAGAUCCCCAAACGAAAGACUUUAAAGCAUUCACCGAACUUCUUCCUCUUUUCCUACUUUUUGCUUUGUUUGUGGUUCUUGUCCUGCCUUUCAACGUCUUUUACCGCUCGAGUCGCUUUUUCUUCCUCACUUGUCUGUUUCACUGCCUCGCCGCUCCUCUUUACAAGGUAACAUUACCUGAUUUCUUCUUGGGAGAUCAGUUAACUAGCCAGGUUCAAGCCCUUAGAAGCAUCGAGUUCUACAUCUGUUACUAUGGUUCGGGAGACUUCAAACACAGAAGGAACUCUUGUAAUGGAUCGACUUCUAGACCUGUCUACAACGCUUUCUUCUUCAUCGUUGCUGUCAUUCCUUAUGCCUCUCGCCUCCUUCAGUGCCUGCGACGGCUGUUUGAGGAGAAUUCCCCGGAACAAGGGUACAACGGACUCAAGUACUUGUUGACUAUAGUGGCGGUUUGCUUGAGAACGGCUUACAACCAGCACGGUCAAAUCGCUUGGAGGGUUUUAGCUGCUAUCUUCUCGGUUAUAGCUGCAAUCUUCUGUACUUACUGGGACUUUGUCCACGAUUGGGGCCUUCUUAACCGGACUUCCAAAAACCGCUGGCUUCGGGAUAAACUCCUUGUUCCUCAAAAGAAAGUCUACUUCAUUGCUAUGAUUCUGAACGUCCUGCUGAGAUUUGCGUGGAUCCAGACGGUUCUGGAUUUCGACUUCCCCUUCAUGCAUAGGCAGACGAUGGUUGCGCUUGUCGCUAGUCUUGAGAUCAUCCGUCGUGGCAUCUGGAAUUUCUUCAGAUUAGAGAACGAGCAUUUGAACAAUGUCGGGAAAUACAGAGCUUUCAAGUCCGUUCCACUACCGUUCAACUACGAUGAAGAUGACGACAAAGACGAUUAG